GCGCCGCCGCGCCGCGCCGCCCCAUGGCGACGCCGGGCGCCCCGCGCCGCUUCUGCCGCUGCGCCUGCUUCUGCUCCGAGAACCUGUACGUGGCGCGCUACGGGCUGCACCUGCGCUUCCGGAGCGAGCAGCAGCUGCGCCGGGACUACGGCGCGCUGUCCGAGGAGGAGAAACCGAGGUUCCGAGGCGUUCGCGCAGUCACGCUGCCGUCUUUCUGCUCCCAGAUCCUGCGCAGCCGGGGUUGUGUCAGCUCCCGGGACUUCCAGCGGCUCCGGGAAGAGCUUGAACAGGAGGUAGAGCGUCGGAGGCAGUUGGGGCAGAAGUCAGCUGCCAGGAGAGCCCUCAUUGCAAGCUCCUACCACCCAGCACGGCCUGAGAUCUACAGCUCACUGCAGGAUGCAGCUCUGGCCCCUGAGUUUCUGGCUGCAAGUGAAUACAGCGCAUCACCAGGCGCAGACCUCAAGGGCCUUCUUCAGCGGCUGGAGACAGUGUCUGAGGAGAAGCGCAUCUACCGAGUGCCCGUGUUCACAGCAUCCUUCUGCCAGGCCCUGCUGGAGGAACUGGAGCACUUCGAGCAGUCAGACAUGCCCAAGGGGAGGCCUAACACCAUGAACAACUAUGGGAUGCUGAUGAGUGAACUAGGUCUGGACGAGCCACUGGUGACGCCACUUCGAGAGCGCUUCCUGCAGCCGCUGAUGGCCCUGCUGUUCCCAGAGUAUGGCGGGGGCUGUCUGGACAGUCACCGUGCCUUCGUGGUCAAAUAUGCACUUGGCCAGGACCUGGAGCUGGGCUGCCACUACGAUAAUGCCGAGCUUACCCUCAACGUGGCCCUGGGCAAGGCCUUCACAGGGGGCGCCCUGUACUUUGGGGGUCUCUUCCAGGCACCUACAGGACUGACGCAACCCCUGGAGGUGGAGCACGUUGUGGGCCAGGGUGUGUUGCAUCGGGGUGCUCAGCUCCAUGGCGCCCGGCCCCUGAGGACUGGUGAACGCUGGAACCUGGUCGUCUGGCUUCGAGCCUCUGCCGUGCGCAACCACCUCUGCCCCAUGUGCUGCCAGAAGCCUGAUCUGGUGGACGAUGAGGGCUUUGGCGAUGGUUUCACUCGGGAUGAGCCCCCCACGGUGGAUGUGUGCGCGCUGACCUGAGCCUGUGCACCAAGAGGUGGUGGCGGAGUGUCAGGGCAAGCGAGGGCUCUGCCUUCUUGAGAGAAAUAAACGGAAGGCACAGGCCGCUUGGGUCAGAA